UCCCCACCUGUCUCUAUGUUAGAUAAAGGUGUCGACCCCGGCUCUCCCUGCCCCACACUACACUGGGAAAAAGAAGGAACUCGCACUUCUAACACCACCCUUUUCCACAAAAACGCAGCCCACAUCAUCAUCCACAGCGCUGAUGAACACAGCGAGGGAAGGUACAGCUGCUCGCUCGAGCAGAACGGACUGCUUCUACACAACGUUAGCAAUACGCUCUCCGUCAGGAAAGAUACGUAUCAUACCUCGUAUAACCUGUACAGAGACAGCUCUGACAGCACCGAAGUCGUGUUCGUCUGCGCGUCUCCGAGCCACCACACAACAGCUAGGUGGGCCUGGGUGCCAUUUUUUGAAGGAAAAACAAAAACUCUGGCAACAGCUGGGAAGGAAGGAAAGGUCAGGAUUUCUACGGAGAUUGACGGAGAGAGGUUCUCGUCGGAUGGUUACGACGGAAUACGUUUCCCUUUGAGGAUAUCGCCGGUGAUGUUUCAAGACGCUGGAAGAUAUUCAUGCUAUGUGGAUAACAGCUAUUUCAGCUAUAUAACACUGAUAACCCUUCAGGUGUCAGCAGAGCCCCCUGGUGGUCUGUCCAGGAAUCAGUCAGUUGUGCUGAACUGUGAGAUAUCACAGGUGAUCGGCUCUGUGACCCUGGCCUGGCUCCGGAUGAAGGAGGGCAGGGGGGAACUCGUAAAGCAGGAGGUCCUGAGUGAGGGGCACCCAGAAAAGAUGCUCAGUCUCACCCUACCCAUUCUGAGCAGAGACCAGCUGCACUGGGCCUGUGCAGUGUUCACAGAGAGCAUGCUCAGAACACAGGUCCCCCUGCACCUCACACUGCCAACACAGCCAGGAUGGACCACUGAGACAGUGGUCAGGGUGGUGAUUGUAGUGCUGGCCACCCUGGGGAUGCUAAAGGUUCUUAUGUGGUACUGCAGGAGACGCCCAGAAAGUAAGCAGACUAGCACUGGGACACAAUAGCCAAGUGCUCAACAUUUUUCAGUUUUGAAUGAAGACAGCAGACCCUGGUACUGAAACCAACUGUUAUAAUAUCCAUAAUCUAAAUGGAUACCCAUUGGCUGUUUGGAAGGUGCUAAGCAGAGUAAUUAUGUACCCUCAUCACUUGUCAGAUAUGCCACACUGUACACCUUAAGGCUUUAAGCCAAAGUAAGACAAGAGUAGUAGUGGCAUAUAAAUUUGUAGUUCUUAAU